AUGGCAUUCGCUGGAAAAGAUCCACUAAGAGCUCCAAUAUCUCUUGCUCUAGACAAUAGAGGAAUCAGUCCUAGUACGGCAGUGUCAUUGGUAGCAGCGCUACGAGUUGAGAAGCAACUGGAGAGUGCAGAGGCCUAUCUAGUUGCGAUCAGUGUGGUGGAAGAGGAAGAGGAUAAGGAAUUAGAAGUGGGAGAUAUUCCGGUGGUGUGUGAGUAUGGGGAUGUAUUCACGGCGUUAACUGAAUUGCCCCCACCACGGAAGAAUCCAUUCACUAUUAACUUGGAGUCAGGGACGGCACCAAUAGCUAGGGCACCAUAUCGUAUGGCCCCAGCUUGCUUUUACUUUGUUCUUGCUUGUUACUCUUUCUAG